AUGGAGCUACGGAACGAAGUAAAGAAGAAACAAGGAUCCAGCGAGGAUUACGUGAUGAAUGCACUCGCUACUCAUCUACCAGAAUUCGAUCAGAAUCCGAACCCGAGCCCGAACACGGACACGAUCCACUUUCUAAUGAAGCAAAUCAUGGAAUUGUGGAAGUCUUGUCGAGAACCCAUGGCUGAACUGACGAAGCAAGAAUCCAACGAAGAGUACAAAGACUACUUGGAACUGCAGAAUCACAUACAGAUGAUCGACAAAGCCAAGGUUCCUCAGAUUGAUAAAUCUACCGACAUCGACAAUUUCGACAACAUCUGCCGUUAG